AUGUCAAGGAAUCUGAUGAACCGACCAAGAAACUUUGAAGGCCCUCCUAACAAGAAGAAGAAAUUUAAGGCUUGUUAUUACUGUGACAAAAUGCAUUCUGGUCCUUGCUUGAAGAGGAUGGGAGCCUGUUUUAUAUGUGGGCAGCCAGGACACAUAGCCAGAGAUUGCCCGAACAAAAAGAAGUUGAAUCUGGACCUUCUAGACCAACUGAUCAGAUGCAGAGAGGAGCUGCACGGGUGUACGCACUGACACGACAGGAUGCUAGUGCCAGUGACAGAGUUGUGGCAGGUAUGAUUCCCAUCAACUCUGUUGAUGCUUCAGUACUAUUUGAUUCUGGCGCUACACAUUCCUUUAUAUCCUCCAAGUUCUCUGCAUCCUUGCAUCUUAUGCCUGAUAAGUUAGAUGAGCCUUUACUUGUUGCUACCCCUCUCAAGAAGACAGUAGUGGUGGAUUCUGUUCAUAAAAACUGCAUAAUUCAGAUAGAGGACAGAAAAUUAUUGGCUGACUUAGUACUGUUAGACAUGUAUGAUUUUGAUGUCAUCCUUGGUAUGAAUUGGCUGUCUGAAUAUCAUGCUCACAUUGAUUGCUUUGGCAAGAGGGUAGUGUUUCAGAUACCUGGUGAACAGGAAAUCUUCUAUCAGGGUGAUGCACCCACUAUGAAUCCCUCUUUGCACAUUAUCUCUGCAAUGAGUGCAAGGAAGGCCCUCAGAAAGGGGUGUCAGGCCUACCUAGCUUGUGUGGUAGACACUACAAAAGAAACAAGGCUAGAGGAUAUCCCUGUUGUGAGAGAGUAUCCAGAAGUAUUCCCUGAUGAUCUACCUGGAUUACCUCCUGAUCGGGAGAUUGAUUUUCGAAUCGAUCUCUUACCGGGUGUUGGGCCUAUCUCGAAGGCUCCUUAUCGGAUGGCCCCGGCAGAGCUGAGAGAGUUGAAGGUUCAGCUACAGGAACUUCUAGAGAAGAAAUUCAUCGCC